GCUCAACAUCCCGGUAACUUCCGGUGUUCAAUCACAGUCACAUGACCUAACAAGUGGCAGAAGUUUGACCAGCAGCAAGUCAAUUUUGUUUCUUUGUUAGAAUAGAGUUUAAUAAUGCGUGGGUUGAUAUGUGGACCAAAAUUCGCCGCGUGUGGGAUUGUGUUGAGCGCGUGGGGGGUUAUAAUGUUGGCCAUGCUGGGGAUUUUCUUCACCACACAUUCAGCAGUGCUGUUUGAAGAUGUUCCUGUGUCAGAGGAAGACAUCCACCAGGAUUCGAACCCUCCUCAGAGGAUCUACGCCCUGUACAACAAAGUGGGCUACAACUGCUUCAUAGCAGCUGCUAUCUACGUCGUGUUCGGAGUCUUCUCCUGCUGCCAGAUGAAGCUCAACAAACAGAAGGAGUACCUGGUGCACUAGUGCCACUGGCAGCGCUCACUGGUUUAUAAACUACAGGGAGGAGACUGGACGCUGCGUGACAGCAGAUCAACGUUGUGCUUCUUCUUGUCUUUAACGAGAUUAAUUCUACCUCUGAUCGCAAGAGCUGAAAUGAUUUGAUUGUGGACUUAAAAACUACCCACCUGUACGCAAAUCAUUGUUCUCCAGAGUCCCAGUGAUUUAUCCUUGUUAUAUGUAAAAGGUAAUAAAUUAUUUCUUUCAUACUGUACUGUACACCAGAAUGUGAUUGCAAGUAUCCAUCUGUGUUUGGAAUGAAAUCAUAUCCUUGAGGUUGUCUUUUAUUUAUAUCAAAAUGAUAUUUAAUGUCCAAGAUUGCAUUAAAAAGUAUGUGGAUGACUGAAUUCAAUUUAUUUAA